AUGAGUUCGGGGCGCGCUACCAUAUUUGCUUCAAAGAUGUUUUCAACAAAUUGGAUGGUAUGUGCACUCGUCAUCGUGUGUGUCAGCGUGAGGCAAUCCCUUGCUGCGCCUGCUGCACAAGAACAAGAAUACCCACCAAUGCCGUACGAAUACAAAUAUGAUGUAGAAGAUCAAGAGAAGGCUCUCUACUUCGGAGCAAAUUCGCAAGGAGACGCCCAAGGCAAAGUAAUUGGAGGUUACCGAGUCCUUCUACCUGACGGUCGCCUUAUGACAGUAGAAUACACUGUAGAAGGCGAUAGUGGUUUCGUUCCUAAGAUCACAUUUGAAGACAACGCUAAUCCCUUCGGAAAAGGCAAAAAGUAA